GAAGAAGAGAAAGUAGGAGGGAGGAGGGCUCAGGGGCGAGAUGAGGAGGAAGGAGAGAGAAGGGCAAGACCUGGGAGGAGCCAGCCAUGCCUACUCUAACGGAGGCCAGUAAGUGGUGGCCCAGCCAGCUGAGAAGGAGGCAACCAGGCUAACGAGGAAGGUUGGCCCACAAGCCAAAGCUCCCAUGAGCAGGGACCUCCAUGCGAAGUUCACGAAGUUGAAUGAGGUCCUGACAAUAUGUCCUACAAACAGAAGAGGGAAGGCUUUUUUCCAGCAGCUACGACUCAAACCAUGAACUACGUGGGGCAGUUGGCGGGCCAGGUGUUUGUCACCGUGAAGGAACUCUACAAGGGCUUGAAUCCGGCCACCCUGUCCGGCUGCAUCGACAUCAUCGUCGUCCGCCAACCCAACGGGAGCCUUCAGUGCUCCCCUUUCCACGUGCGCUUUGGGAAGAUGGGGGUCCUGCGCUCCCGAGAGAAAGUGGUUGACAUAGAAAUCAACGGGGAGUCCGUGGAUUUGCACAUGAAGCUGGGAGACAACGGAGAAGCCUUUUUUGUUCAAGAGGCUGAUAACGAUCAGGAGGUAAUCCCCAUGUACCUGGCCACCUCCCCCAUCCUGUCGGACGGAGCCGCCCGCAUGGAGCUCCAGCUGAAGAGGAGCUCGGCCGACCGGACGCGGAGCCUGGACCCCAGCACGGCAGCCCAGGCCUCCCCGCCCAGCGAGGCCUCCUCCAGCAGCUCAUUAGUGAAGAAGAGACGAAAAAGGAGGAGGAAGUCGCAGCUGGACACCCUGAAAAGAGAUGACAACGUGAACACGUCCGAGGAAGAGGACAUGUUUCCCAUAGAGAUGAGCUCGGACGAGGAGGCCGACCCGCUGGACGGCAGCAGAACUCUUCCCAACGACGUCCCUGCGUUCCCACAAGAUGUGUCUAAGGAAGACCCUCCCCCCAUCCUGACUUACUCCCAGUCAGCCUCGUACCCUAAUUCCGACAGAGAGUUGUCGCCCAGCGCAAGUAGCCCGGUAGAUUGCCAAGGGACUGGCCCCCGCCUGGCAGUUGUGGCCGAGGGAGGCCUUUCUAGCUCUUGUCCAGCACAGCCUUCCGACUUCCAUGCUUCAGAAAGCCCUUCAGGCUCCCGACCUUCCACACCGAAAAGUGAUUCAGAAUUGGUCAGUAAGGGCACAGAGAGGACGGUGCAGAAGAAUAACCUAGAAAUGCUCUGGCUUUGGGGAGAAUUGCCCCAGGCUGCAAAGUCAUCUGCACACAAGAUGAAAGACUGCAGUCCGUUAAACAGCAGAAAAAUCUGUGAUAAGAUGCACUUUCAGGCCAUUCAGAGUGAAUCUUCAGACGCCUUCAGUGACCAGUCGCCGACGCUGGCCGGUCCUCCCGUGCCGCCCGGGUCAGAGCCGAGCCAGCCUCCAGCAGACGUGACGUUUGUGAGCGAAGAAGAUGUGGAGGCCUUAGGAGCCGCAGCCCCGCCUUUACCCACGAUCGAAGACCCCAAGCCCCCCUCUGCCAGCGUAGCCCCCACGACGAGCAAGGCAGAUUCUCCUUCCAGGAAAAAAGACAAACGAAGCCGGCAUCUGGGUGCUGAUGGCGUCUACCUGGAUGACCUCACAGACAUGGACCCCGAAGUUGCUGCCCUGUAUUUUCCCAAAAACGGAGAUCCUUCCGGGCUCGCAAAACAGGUCAGCGACAAUGGCACCCGGUCAGCCAACCAGUCCCCGCAGUCUGUGGGCAGCUCUGGCGUCGACAGCGGCGUGGAGAGCACCUCGGACAGCCUGAGGGACCUGCCAUCCAUCGCCAUCUCCCUCUGCGGGGGCCUCAGUGACAACAGGGAGAUCACCAAAGAUGCAUUUCUGGAACAAGCCGUGUCGUAUCAGCAGUUUGUGGACAACCCGGCUCUCAUCGACGACCCCAAUCUUGUGGUGAAGAUCGGGAAUAAAUAUUAUAACUGGACCACGGCGGCCCCUCUGCUCCUGGCGAUGCAGGCCUUCCAGAAGCCUUUGCCAAAGGCCACUGUGGAAGCUAUCAUGAGGGAUAAGAUGCCCAGAAAGGGUGGAAGAUGGUGGUUUUCAUGGCGGGGAAGAAAUACCACAAUCAAAGAGGAAAGUAAGCCAGAGCAGUGCUUGGCUGGCCAGAGCCAUAGCCCCCGGGAGCAGCCAUCACAGCUCGGCAUGGCCACCAGAAUAAAGCACGAGUCGUCCUCCAGCGACGAGGAGCACGCUGCUGCCAAAGCACCCAGUGCGGGCCACCUCCCCCUGUUGUCCAGCGUCAGCUACAGGAAGACCCUGCGGCUCACGUCGGAGCAGCUGAAAAGCUUGAAGUUGAAGAAUGGCCCCAACGACGUGGUCUUCAGCGUGACCACGCAGUACCAGGGCACGUGCCGCUGCGAGGGCACCAUCUACCUGUGGGACUGGGACGACAAAGUCAUCAUUUCCGACAUCGACGGGACCAUCACCAGAUCAGACACUCUUGGCCACAUCCUGCCCACCCUUGGGAAGGACUGGACCCACCAGGGCAUUGCGAAGCUGUACCAUAAAGUGAGCCAAAACGGAUAUAAGUUUCUCUACUGCUCUGCACGGGCCAUCGGGAUGGCGGACAUGACGAGGGGCUAUUUGCACUGGGUCAACGAGAGGGGCACGGUGCUGCCUCAGGGGCCCCUGCUGCUGAGCCCCAGCAGUCUCUUCUCGGCCCUGCACAGAGAAGUGAUUGAAAAGAAGCCGGAGAAGUUUAAAGUCCAGUGUUUGACAGACAUCAAAAAUCUGUUUUUUCCAAACACAGAACCCUUUUAUGCUGCUUUUGGAAACCGCCCGGCUGAUGUGUAUUCCUAUAAGCAAGUAGGAGUGUCUCUGAACCGAAUAUUCACCGUCAAUCCCAGAGGAGAGCUUGUCCAGGAGCACGCGAAGACCAACAUCUCCUCGUACGUGCGACUCUGCGAAGUGGUUGACCACGUUUUCCCGUUGCUGAAAAGAAGCCAUUCUUCGGACUUCCCCUGCUCAGAUACUUUCAGUAAUUUCACCUUUUGGAGGGAGCCGCUGCCACCUUUUGAAAACCAGGAUGUUCAUUCUGCCUCCCCAUAAAAUGUCCCGAGUGGCCUGCUGACGUCACGUGAAGACCGGGCGACUUCAUUAAAGGAUGUUUUGGGAUCCGUGUAGCAGGAGCCCAGGAGCCUGA